GCGUCCGCUCUCCGCCCGCUACCGGGCCGCAGCCACUUCGCCUCCGCGCGUUGCGCCGGCGUUUGAAAAAAACGCUGCGAAUCAAACGAAAAUCUACUGGGUGAGCCCUAGAUAUCGCGAGACCUGCCAGGCAGCCGCUGCUGUUCCCCACCGGAAGCGGAAGUCGGGUGAUGGUCGCAUUCCAGAGGAAGAGGCUCCGUUACCUUGGAGAGCUGUGCUGGUCCGGCGUUCCACUGUGGGGAUUCUGUUCCUUGAUACUCUUCUUCCCAUCCAAGUACUAACCAGGCCCAACCCUGCUUGGCUUCUGAGAUCAGGAUUAACCACCAGCAAAAUUGCCAGUGUCUCCCAUAUUCAUCUUCAACCCAGUUCUCAGUCCCAAAUAGUUAACUGUGAGCUGACUCUCCAUUUGGAUGUUUGUACCAAGAAUUUCAGAAUGACUGACAUUUCUGAAGCCAUUUCAAAUUUUGAAGAGAUGUUUGCCAGUAGAUUCACAGAAGAUGACAAAGAGUACCAGGAAUACCUGAAACGCCCUCCCGAGUCCCCUCCAGUUGUCGAGGAAUGGAAUAGCAGAGCUGGUGGGAACCAAAGAAAUAGAGGCAAUCGGUUACAAGAUAACAGACAGUUUAGAGGAGGAGAUAGCAGACGGGGGUGGCCAAGUGACAAUCGAUCCAAUCAGUGGCAUGGACGACCGUGGGGUAACAAUUAUCCACAACACAGACAAGAACCUUACUAUCCCCACCAGUAUGGACACUAUAGUUACAACCAACGGCCUCCUUAUGGUUACUACUGAUAGAAAUGUUGGAAGCUUUUAGUAAAACCAUUAUCUUUGUUAACAUGACAAAAGUUUGUGUGUCUUCUUUUGAUCAUAGUGUUACAUCUGAUUUUAGAGAAUGGAUUAUUGAUUUUUUUGAACUUGACUUCUAAUUUUUAAUAGAUCUUACUAAAGAGAUAUGAUGGUUACUGGGAAUACCUAAAAAUGUUGUGGAUUAUAUUGCUUGACUCUACCUCAGAUUCUUUGUUCCAUGACUUAAUAGUGCUUUGAGUUGGGUAUAUUUUUCUUAUUUGACCUGCAGGAGUUCUGUCUUUAAUUUACACAGAAAUAAAAACUUUAAAAUAGA